AUGGACAUGCGACAAGGUGGCGACACGUCCGAGAAGGCCUCGUGCAACAGUCGCCGCGGUGGCGCCGGGAAACGCCCGGCCGCUCCGUCGGCAGCGGCGGUGCCAUCCGCAGCGGCUCCAUGCGGAGCAUGCAAGUUCUUGAGGCGGAAAUGCAUAAGCGGAUGCAUCUUCGCACCAUACUUCGGGACAGACCAAGGGGCUGCUCGCUUUGCAGCUGUGCACAAGGUGUUCGGCGCGAGUAAUGUGUCAAAGCUUCUCCUGCAUGUUCCGACAAACCGACGGCACGACACCGUCGUCACUAUAUCUUACGAGGCCCAGGCUCGGCUGUCUGAUCCUGUUUAUGGCUGCGUCUCCACCAUUCUCGCCUUACAGCAGCAGGUGGCCGCGUUGCAAGCGGAGCUUUCGGUGGUGCAGGAGCAGCUGAUUAACAACAGGUUGGCCGUAGCAAACGCCCUGCAGCUGCAGAUGAGCACGCAGCAGCACUUAUCAGUGCUGCAGCCAGCAUUCUCGAACAAUUCCACGGCUUCGAACAAUCUGGUCACCAUGAGCGGCCUCCCUUCUAGUUUCGACCUCGCAAUUGAAAUGGGUCCGUCGCCUCGCAGCUUUGAGCCUCUUCAGCUGUUCCAACCAAUGCAGGAUGAAGAUGAAGAUGAGGAGGAGAUCCAGAACCCAGUGAUUUUAGAGAAUCAGAUACUUCAUCGCCAGAAAUGA